AUGAGUGGAAAAAAUGCAACAUAUGCAACGGUGAAACACACUCCUUCCAAAAAGCCAGCACGAAAAGAAAAGACAAAAGAGCAGCUAAUUUACACAGAAGUGAAAACAGUCACUCCACAGUCCAACCAGACAAAGAUAAAAAGACCUGAAUCACAUAAAGAAAAAGGGUCUUCAGUUCCAUUUCCUUGGCUUUUCACGGUAGUGAUUCUCGGAAUCUUCUGUUUCCUUCUCCUUUUAACCACAGGAAUCUUAGGAUUUAUGGUUUUCCAGGGUCGAUUACCAGAGCCUCCACUGGACAAUGGAACACAAGAAAAUUCCACAUCUAAAACCAUGACUCUCAAAGAGAAACCACUUAACACAGGAAAGAAAUGUAAAAGUAAAUGGUCCUGUUGUGGACAGAAAUGUUACUAUUUUUCGGAUGAAUUGAAGAACUUUGAAGACAGUAAAAAAAUCUGCAAGGAAAUGGGCUCCACACUUCUUAAGAUAGAAGAUGAGGAAGAACUGAACUUCAUUCAGAGCCAACUAUCCUAUUUCUAUUGGAUUGGAUUAUCUCGUGAAGGAACUGGAAAUCAAUGGACAUGGGAAGAUAAGUCAAGGCCUUUUCUCAAAUUUGAUUGGAAAGAGUCAGACAAAGGAAACUGUGCACGUAUUGCAACAAUGAAGAUGUCUGCUUCUGACUGUUCCAGAUUCAUGCACUUCAUUUGUGAGAAGAGGAUAGCUUGUCUUGCUACCUAA